CUCCCACAAGGCAGCGCGCCGGGCCGACGCGGCCGGCUCGGAGCCCUUUGUGAGGGCGGCGGGCUGCAACAGACAGCGGCACCAUGAGCGGCUCGGGCGGGGCGUCGACGGCGUCCGUCAGCUCCGCGCCGCCCGCGCAGGAGGAAGGCAUGACGUGGUGGUACCGCUGGCUGUGUCGCCUGUCGGGGGUGCUGGGGGCCGUCUCCUGCGCCAUCUCGGGCCUCUUCAACUGCGUCACCAUCCACCCCCUGAACAUCGCGGCCGGCGUGUGGAUGCUCAUGAACGCCUUCCUCCUGCUGCUCUGCGAGGCGCCCUUCUGCUGCCAGUUUGUCGAGUUUGCCAACACGGUGUCGGAGAAGGUGGACCGGCUGCGCUCCUGGCAGAAGGCUGUCUUCUACUGCGGGAUGGCCGCCGUCCCCGUCGCCAUCAGCCUGACCCUGACCACGCUGCUGGGUAACGCCAUCGCCUUCGCCACCGGGGUGCUGUACGGACUCUCGGCUCUGGGCAAAAAGGGCGAUGCCAUCUCCUACGCCAGGAUCCAGCAGCAGAAGCAGCAGGCGGAUGAGGAGAAGCUCACGGACACCCUGGAGGGAGAGCUGUGAGGCAGUUCGGGGGACCCGCCCCCUCCUGCUCGCCCCUCGGACUCCGUGUGAGCACGUCCUUCAGGGAUGAGGGCUGGAGCGUUGACCCUGGAGGACAACCUGGAAGAGGAGGCUUUGCCUGACUCCUAUCAGCCCCCCUAUACCUGUCCCUAUACCUGGAAUCCUCUUCUA